UGUAUAUUUAUGUUUUCAUAAAAAAGCGGCAACAAUCUUUUCGGUGCUGGAGUAAAUAUUUUAUGUUCAUCAGCUGUAUUUCAGUCGCAUAUUAAUAAGUUUUACGUCAUAUUAGCUUUGUGAUAUUUGACAAGACUCAAAAAGGUAACGCUGAAGUCCACAAAAACUGCAGCUUGUUUCAACAAACUUUGCUUCUAAAGUCUGUUUUAAAAGAAACUAACGAAAAGCAGUCAUUUCGUGCAUAGUACGCCUGGCGUUUGUAGAGAGAGCAAAUGACUACAAACAAAUAAAUCGAAACCAAACUAAAGAAGGAAGUAAAAUAAUUUAUUACAAUAAAUCAAGCAAGUACCCAACACCCAAGUAAUGGUCUUGGUGAGAAACGAAUGGCUGAAUAACAAGGAUGAUGACCAGAAAUUAAGCCCAUUACCGCCGACGUCAGCAUCAAGGGCAGUCGGAGCAGUAGCAUUGAGUAGCGGGGGCACACCCACAGACUUAGUAACGGUCACACCUGAGGCAAGCAUACCUGGUAACGGCGGAGAAGUGGCAUCGACUGUUAAUCGAAGAAAGGCUGAGGCUAACACUAGCAUGGAAUCUACAAAAUUGGAGCAGGAACAACUUUUCCAUGUAACGGAGAAGCACGACCUCUAUUUAGUUGAGAGCAACAACGACGAGUCGACCGAGAACCAGGAAAAUAACAACAUUCAUUUUUCCGACUCCAGCACGAAGACGUUGCUAGGUUCAUGCGGUUUCGACCAUAGGCUUUCAGCUCAAAUGCCCGCUGGAGUUUCCCAGCAGUUGUUACAUAUGUCAAUGAACCCAGCAGCGACCGCAAAUAUCGGCGGUCCGGCAGCGGAUUGCGAGGCCCUCCCGGUUGUUUCCGUUACCCAACCGGCCUCGGUAGAUCAAAACACUGGAGCUGAGUUGGGCUCAGCACCCUGUACAGGUGAUGCUAAAAUCGUUUUACAGUGUGAGGCCAAGUCGCACAAAUUCGAUACAAGGUACAUAUUUUUGCAGCCAAACCAAGAGUGCAAGGUAGGUCGCCUUAUUGCCAAAAGUAAGGCGAACGAGGGAAAUGCAAUUUUUGACUGCAAGGUUUUGUCACGAAACCAUGCAAUGCUGUGGUAUACACCAGAUGGUCGUUUUUGGGUUAAAGACACAAAGUCAAGCAACGGUACCUUUAUCAACGACAAUAAACUAGGAAAUGAUCCAGCGGAAUUGCACUACGGUGAUAUCGUUAAAUUUGGCGUUGAGGUUAUUGAGAACUCGCGACAAGAGGUGCACGGAUGCAUCAUUGCCCGCGUCACCCUCUUCUUACCCGAUGGUCGUGAGGCUAUCUCGAUCGAGGCGGACCAGAUGUUAUUUACAGGUCAAAACCGAAUCAGCUUUGAUGAAAUCCAGCGCUUGAAUUCGUUCCUUCAGGAGGCGGCGCAAAGGGAGAGGACACUAAAAGCUAAGUUAAGCAGCUUGCAGGGCGUCCUUGAUUCCACCCGAAAGAACUCCGCAAUGUGUUGGCAGAGCAUGAUAACGGAAGACCAGUUACUACACAAAAUCAACCUACUAGAAAAAAAGCUGCAGAUGAUGGAAAAGAACGUUCCGGAGAACGCUCUUCGUAACGAGAUUGUAAAGCUUCUUGAGGACAAAACCACCUACCAAAUGACUGCCAAAGAGGCACUGCGCAAAGUUUACCAGGAACGUUGCGAUGCUAUGCAAAUGCUCUCAAAGAUAGAGAUAGCUUACGCCACCUCGGAGAACGAGUGCGGUAUAUUGCGCAAUCAAAUUGUCAUUUCGAAACAGACUCUGCAGGACUUUAACACUAGACUCGAGCAACUGCAGCAGGAGAAUGUAGAUUACAAGCAGGAAUCAUUACGCCAACAACAAGAGGCUAAAGAGCAUGAAGAGCGCGGUUUGGAGCUGCUGAAGGAAAAGCUGUUCACGCAAGAACGCGAACUAGAUGAACUACGCCUUAAGGUUUCUCAGCUCCAACAGUCCACUGCCACGAACGAAAUCGAGCAGAAGUAUCAAGAGCAGAAUGUCUUAAAGCAAAUAAACGCCAUUAUUUCCGAUGAAUAUGGCGAAAAAGAAAAGACGGAACAUCAUGGAAGAGAAGAAGAAAGUUCAGAAAAAAAUCAUCUCAUAAUGGACAUAGAUCAGCAAACAACUGCUUCGAUAAAAGAAAAUAAGAAAUCAAGCGUCAUAAGGUUGCUUAAGAACUCUGACCUUAGCAAGGGCGAUGAAGGGGCUGCAGUUCUAAAAGCAAUUUUCAACAAUGAAGAUGACGAUUCCGAAGACGAAAUAAGGGAAGAGAAUGCUGGCAUGAAGCAAGAAGCAGCUAAAUCGCAUGAAGAGCUUAAUAGUAUUCCUGAACUGUAUCAGAAAUCUUUUGCAACUAUCUUAGAUCGAAAGUUGGAAAGCCAAGAGACACAGCUUGUCGAGGGAAACCAUUGUAUUCCACCUGAUUUGCCCACAGAGCAGGCAAUAGAAAUGUUACAGGAGGAAUGUGAUUCCUACAAAAUAAAGACGGUGCGGUUGACUAGCGAAAUUCACUCAAUGCACGAGCAGAUUGAGAUGUUAAAGAAACAGCUAGAACUGGAAAUUGCGCAAAAUGAAAUUACGAAGCUUCAGAAAAAUAAAAAAGAGAGCGGGAGCGGAAUCAGUGAGCAACUUCAGAUUACAGGACAAGACGGUAAUGAAGAUAUCGUUGAGAAUGCUUGGAACGAAGAUAUUUCAGCCUUAAAUAACUCCCUUGUAGAACAGGAAGAGGAGCUUAUUGUUUACAAGGAACGACUUGAGAAUUCUGAAAGUUGCAAUUUGCAGCUUCGCAAUGAAAUUUCGCAGCUGCAUCUAGAGCAGCAGCACUUGCCACCUAGAAAACAUGUUUUACUGCAUCGUGCCCUACCACUUGGCUGCAUUGCCAUCGCUGUCUUCAUCUAUUUUAUUUUCAAUCGAACCUAAAUGCUUCUUACAAAGAGCUUGAUCCAUGUUUAGUGGCAAAAAAGUAUGCACGAGGCAGUAGUUUUAAAUACUUAUCAGAACCAGCGUUAUAAUCAAGCUUAAUAGAAUGUUUUUUUGCUUCUGUAUUUAAAUUCACAUCAAGCCUAAAUUAAAAGUCGUUUUUCUAAUGAAAAGAUAUAAUAAAAGCCAAGCAAAUGAUAAACCACACUUGAAGAUAAUAAAACGAAUUAAAUGAAA